AUGUCCUCCCUGGAGCAGCUCAUUGCCCGCAAGAACGAGCUGAAGGCAAAGGUGAAGGAGCUCAAGACAUCCGGUGCUGCCGACACAGACAUUGCGCCGGUGUACUCCGAAUACAAGGCAGUCUCGGCCUCGGUCCAUGAUCUCGAGACUGCGGCGGCAAAGGCGAGGUCUGCUGCGGCGGCAAAGGCAUCGGCGACCGCAUCGGUGACGGUGUCUUCGGGAGAGUCUCCCGUCGAGUCUGGAAACCAGUCGGCAUCGGCCGUGGCGGAGCCGAGCGGCGGGCCUGGCUCGGCCGUGGCGAGUAUCGAUGCCGAGGCCGCAGUUGGGGUACUCGAGGCGGAAAAGGCCGCCAAGAAGGAGGCGAUUAAGCAAGCCAAGGCCCGCGGCGACGCUGAUGCUGUCAUCGAGCCACUGUUUGAGCGGUAUCAGGCGGUGCGGGCGUGGCUCGGUUCGCGUGCCGGCCCGCCGCCCCUGACCGACGACCAGCGCGCUGAGCUCUGCGGGCAGCCAGCGGUCGUCAUCUCGGUCGAGGCUGCCGACGAUCCAGACAGUCAGGCCGCUGUGCCGGCGCUGUCGUCGGCCGGUCUCGGCUCGGCUGUCGUGGCCCAGCACGCGCUCGCGCCCGGUGGGCCCGGCGCAGACUUUGUGCCCACCCGCGACAUGCUCGAGGCGGCCAAGCAUGACGUCAAGGGCCAAAUCAAGGGUGCCAAGCUCAUGGGACAGGGCCCCGAGUUUAUCCAGCCGCUGUACGACAAGUACCAAGCGCUCCGCGAAGUCCUGGCCGGCUACUCGCCCGCUGCUGCCCGCGCCUACGCCGCAAAGUACAUGCCGGCCGGGCAGCUAUCGCGUCGCCCGUCUAUUAUCCCUUCGGCCCACGUCUUUGAUCAGGUCGACUCAGCGCCAACAACUCCACGUUCCGAGGCAUCCGAUGCGGGCGAACCGUCGUCGCCGGCCGCCGCUGCAGCCAGUGCCCCGGAACCGGAGCCGGAGCCGCAGCCGGAGCCAGAGCCAGAGCCGGAGCCAGAGCCAAGGCUGCAGGCCCAGCCGCUCCCCACCACCGAUUCCGCACCAUCCGUCGAGCCGCCGGUCGUCAUCCACACCCGGCAGGCGUCGGCCGGCGUUCCGGAUCCCGCCGACGCCGAGGCCGGACAGAGCUUUAGCCAGAUGAUGUCGGGCGAUCCGCGGAUCAACCUUGCCAAACAGGCAGUUGUCACUCAGUCGUUUGAUGCAGCUGGCCAGCCGCUCGGUGAGGCGGUCGAUCUGGGCGUGGCCGGAAUGGAAGACGACGAGGUGUUUGAGCUCUCGGACGAGGGCUCGGACAUCGACGAGGACGCGGUGACCAAGCAGGGCCUGCUCGAGUUUGAAGAGUCGGGCCUCAUCUCGAAAAAGUUCAAGUCGCGGUUUUGCACCGUCUCGCUCGCCAACAUUGUGGUGCACAAGGGCAACUCGGCCGACGCACCGGUCCUCGCCACCAUUCCGCUCUGCGGCGCCUUUCUCCGUUUCAAAAGCUCCAAGAACAACACACAGUUCUCGGUCAUCUACGGCAAGAACUUGUGCCACACGUUCAACUUUGCAGCCAAGACCAAGGCCGAGCGGACCGAGUGGGUCGACCGCAUCCUCACCCACAUCUUUGACUGGCAGUUCCAGAUGCGCGAAAUGACCAUGGCGGCGCCGGCCCCGGGCUUCACCGGCGCCAUUGUCUACCGUGGCUGGGUCCAGCUCCACCUGAAGGCCGACAACCUCGACGCCAAUGUUGGCAUCGCGGACUCGGGCAUGAAGGGCGCGUACGAGUGGGUGUGGAAGUUUGCGGUUCUCUCCGACUUUUGCCUCUCGUUCUACGACGACAUGCCGCGCAACGUCGACGACCUCGACAUCGGCGAGGUCCUCCGCCUCCCCAUCAUCUCGACCGUUUUCCACCCGGUCCGCGACUCGAAGCUUCUCGCGGCCUUCCGCCGCAAGUUCUGCUUCUUUGUCGACGCCGGUCUCCCGUCGUCGUACCACAUUGCCACCUCGACGCUCGGCGAGCUCAAAAAGUGGGUGGCCAAGGUCUCGCUCGCCGCCCGUUGCGCCCUCUUCUCUGCCGCGUCGCCCAUUACCUACGCCGGCUCGCUCGAUGGCUCGCCAGCCACCCUUUACUUUAAGCUUGACGGUGCCGUCCGCAACAUCGAGGUCGGCAACGCCCGCGUCGGCAUGCUUGACUCGCUCGAUGAGCCCAUGUGGGAGGCCUCGGUCGGCGCCCUCAAGGAGUUCCGCCUCGAAAAGGACGACGACGACACCUACCUCCACCUCACCAUUGGCAAGCUCGACAAGCCGUUCCGCUUUCUCCUCAUCGAGCGCGGCGCGUUUAACGUUCUCAAGAACGUGAUUAGCGAAGUCGUCGCCACCCGCAAGGCCGCCGAGGCCAGUGCCCAGUAGAGCUCCAUCUCACGGCAGCGGGUACAAGUACGCACCGCGCUUAAAGGCCACGCCAUCGACA